AUGCCCGUAAAACCACUCUCCUUCAAAGGAGACAAAAAACCUAGCAAGAAGCGCAAGCACCGGACCGACGAUGACAACAUUGACGUCUCCAAGUCGGUUGUCGCUGCCGAGAACCCCGACCCAUCCGCCGAAGACGAGACCUGGACGACGCCCGAUCAACCGUCGGACCUCACAGGGCCAGUCCUGCUAGUCUUGCCCACUGCUCCCCCGACCUCUCUAGCGUGCGAUGCGCACGGUAACGUCUUCGCCUCGCCUGUGGAAAACAUUGUCGAGAAUGUACCGGAAACAUCUGAGCCGCAUGACGUGCGACAAGUCUGGGUCGCCUCAACCGUGGCGGGCACCGGGGAAAUCAGUUUCAAAGGCAGUCAUGGCGGCUAUUUGAGUUGUGACGCUCUGGGUGUGCUCGGCGCCCGAAGGGAGGCCCGAGGCCCGGAAGAGGGAUUUGUUGUUGAGCAGGUCAGCGAGAAAGAGUUGGAAGACAGAGUCCGAUGGAGGGUUAGGACUGCCGCGAGCAAGAAGGAGCCUGGUGAGCAAGGAUGGCGGUAUCUCUGUGCUCUUACAGAGACGAAGGCGAACGCGAAAGCAGUCAAUAUCUCGUUACGCGGUGAUGGAGAGGCUGGUUCGGAAUCUACACAUCUCAUUGUCAGGAUGCAGUCGCGCUUCAAGCCUCGGGUGCAACAGAACAAAGAGACGAAAGCAAAGGAAAAGAUCAGCCGGAGAGAACUCGAGCAGGCGGUCGGUCGUAGACUCGACGACGAUGAAGUCAAGCGGCUGAAAAGAGCAAGGAAGGAAGGGAACUUCUACGAGGAGGUCCUGGAUGUCAGAGUCAAAGGCAAGCAUGAUAAGUUUGCUAGUUGA